AUGGCCACUCCCGCGCCUGCUCCCGGCGGCGUGGACGGCCGCAGCGGCUACUGCGAGGUGACCAGGACGUUCCGCAACCUGCGCCCGCCGGUGCCGCUGCCGCCGCCGGACGCGCCGCUCUCGUUUCCGGAGUUCGCGUUCUCGCUCCUGACGUCGUCCCCGCUCCCCGCGCACCCGGCUCUCCUCGACGCCGCCACCGGCGAGGCCCUGUCGUUCCCGGCGUUCCUGUCCCAGGUGCGCGCGGUCGCGGGGGCGCUCCGUUCCGUGGUCCGGCUCGGCCGCGGCGACGUCGCGUUCGUCCUCGUGCCGACGCGGCUGGACGUCCCGGUGCUCUACUUCGCGCUGCUCUCGUUCGGCGCCGUCGUGUCGCCGGUGAACCCCGCUCUCACCGCGGACGAGAUCGCGCGCCUCGUGGCGCUGUCGGGCGCGUCCGUCGCCUUCGCCGUGUCGGCGACCGCCGCAAAGCUGCCGGCUGGCCUCCCCACCAUCCUCCUCGACUCGGACCGCUUCCGCUCCUUUCUGCAGAAGCAGAGCGACGGCCGUGGCGAGGAGGGUCUGGCGGUGGUGCGGCAGUCGGAUACGGCAGUGAUCCAGUACUCGUCGGGCACAACCGCGCGGGUGAAGGCCGCGGCGCUGCCGCACCGGAGCUUCAUCGCGAUGGUGGCAGGAGCCCACGCUGUGCUCGGGAAACCGAGGCACGGUCGGGAGAGGACGCUGCUGGGCGCGCCCAUGUUCCACUCGAUGGGGUUCUACUUCGCGCUCAAGGGGGUGGCGCUGGGGCAAACGACGGUGGUGCUGACCGACGCGGUGGCGCGGCGCGGCGUGAAGGGGGUGGUCGAGGCGGCGGAGAGGUGGGCGGUCACUGAGAUGACGGCGUCGCCACCGGUGGUGGUGGCCAUGGCCAAGGAGCAAUGCCACCAGCUGCAGGCGCUGGAGCGCGUGGUGUGUGGCGGCGCGCCGCUGCCGAGGACGGCAGCCGAGAGUUUCCGACGACGGUUCCCCAACGUGGAUCUCUGCAUGGGCUACGGUUCAACUGAGGCUGGUGGCAUAUCGCUGAUGAUCAGCCGGGAGGAGUGCGCCCGCAUCGGUUCCGCCGGCCGUCUCUCGGAGAACGCGGAGGUGAAGAUCGUGGACCACGUGACCGGCAAAGCCCUGUCCGUGGGCCAGGAAGGCGAGCUUCUGGUGAGAGGGCCUGCCGUCAUGACUGGAUAUGUUGGCGACGAGGAGGCCAACGCUACUAGUUUUGAUUCUGAAGGCUGGCUUAGGACUGGGGACCUUUGCUACAUUGACCAGGACGGCUUCUUGUUCGUGGUGGACAGGCUGAAAGAGCUCAUCAAGUACAAGGGCUAUCAGGUUCCACCUGCAGAGCUGGAGCUUGUCCUGCAGUCGUUGCCGGAAGUUAUCGAUGCCGCAGUCAUGCCGUAUCCUCAUGAGGAGGCAGGGCAGAUACCGGUCGCGCUUGUGGUAAGGCAGCCUGGUAGCAAGGUCACGGAGGCUCAAGUCAUGGACCACGUCGCAAAGCGGGUGGCGCCUUACAAGAAGAUCCGCAAGGUGCUCUUCGUUGAGUCCAUUCCCAAGUCUCCGGCUGGGAAGAUACUGAGGAGGCAGCUGACCAACCAUGUGCAGGCUGGGGCUGUCUCUAGAAUGUAA